AAUCAGAACCCGGUAAAAUAUUUCCUUUUCAAUCGGAUUCGGUCCAUUUUCUACAUGUAUGUUAUAACAUUAGCUGGCUACUACUUGUUUUUGAUUCUCCAUUGAGCGGUGCGACAAUAGGACUACAUCGACCAGAAUGCUUAGCGCGACUGGCGCAUGUGCAGAACCAUUGUCCCACAGAGCCAGCCAAUCACAGCACACGGACGUCAGCAAAACAAUAAUUCAUGGCACUACCUUUUCAAAAAUUGUAUACAAAUAGGAAGUAUGCAUUUUUUACUCUAUAUUUCUCAUUCAUUGUAAUAGUGUUGAUUAUUUUAAUUUUAUUUUUUCAUUGAGAAAAUCUUUCUAAUCAUGAAUGUAGAAAAAGAGGCUACACUCAAAGCUGCUGAGCGGGAACUCCAUUCAGAUAGCCUGCCGGACAAGAGGGCGAGAAAACCAAAGUGCCUGAACUUUGGUGAUGAAGAUACCAGUACUGGGGACAAAGACUCUGGCUCUGGAAAUCCAAAACUGGUAAUUAAACAGCAGAGAUUGAUUACAUCAGUCAUCAUUUGUGUAUUAGAUUAUCCAUGAUUAAAUAGUAAAAAUGAACAUCUUUGCCCCAUAGAAAAAGGCCAAAGGUGCAGCGCAAAGACAGGCGGAGGAGGAGCUACUGUCAGAGGACGGCCAGUUCAUCCCUGGUCCAGCAGAAUCAUCAAGCCAGGAAAGCGACGACCUUACCAGAGACCUGCAGAGCCAGAUAAAGGCCUUACAGAGAGAAAACACCAAACUGCGAAACAUGGCAGUGAAAGGCAAGUAUCACGUAUUACUGUAUAUCAAACGGUAUUGAUCCACUUAAAUGUGAGGCUGGUUCUAAAGAUGCUUUCUAUAUCUAGAGGGCAUUUGUAUGUGGUCAGAUAGGUGGCCCACAUUCCUUUUCAGAGCAUGUUUUAUUUUACACUCAUUUACACAGCUAUUAGCAGGAAAACGAGGUUGCAAUUUGAUCCAUGUGAUUAGUAAGAAAACACCAUUGUUACUGUCUAAUUUGCCAUGUGCAAACAAGCAUGAUAUACUGUAAAUCCAUGGAGGUCAGUGCCAGUCUUAUCACUUGAUCUUGUUCCGAUGUGCUUAUUUUAAUAAGUCGAUUGAUUUGUUGCUUCUUGGCUUGGACAAGUUCAGUUCUAAAUAGGUUUAUAUACUUUACUUUAGAUGUGGUUUUCAGUCACAUAUUGGCCUCUAUGGUUGCUGUCUGUAUAAUCUUGUAGCACUUUUCUUCUCAGAGAUUCCAACUUUGUUGGUGGAGAUGAGAAAGCUUGUUUCUAUCAACACCACCAACAACAAAGAUGUCCACAGCUGCCCCACCAAAGAUGUUGAUGACCCUGAUGCUGAGAGUGACGGCCCAGGUGAAAUGUCACCUUGCACACCUUGCACACCUUCACAAGUAAGCAUACUUUACAUUAAUUGGUACAUUUCAAACAAAUAUUUAAACUUACAGCAUUACUGGUAUUCUGAUGCUUGUGGUGUUUUUCCUUGUGUCAUAUUUGCUUAUGCUUGUUUAUUUUUUCUUUACUUUAUUUUUUAACAUAAGGUAAAAAUCGGGAAUGAUGGAACCGUCACUAUCUCGAUACAUUGUUGGGAGACUGCAAAAGCUUGUACCAGCGCCAAUGGGAUGGCACAGGUGCUACUGAUAGGGCUCUUUGAUGUGGAUGUCCUGCUCAAGUCCAACCUAAAAGGAGGAGUCAGCAAGUUGGAUCCCAUGCUGAGCGUCGGCAGGCUCUGGACCCGAGGAAACUCAGAGCUGGUGCUUUCCCAUUUUGAUUGCAUCCCUACCAGAGAGGGGGGUUGGAGCAGGGGUGAGGGAAGACCGAGGUCAGAGAGGGGGAGAGUAAUCAUUGUUGUUCUGUUCCACAGAUGCUGUUGUAAACCAGUUUCCAGCAGCCAAGGAAGCUGAUAUCAGAAAAUUCAUUAACAGUAGAAUCUGCGAACUAAGACACCAGGUGAAGCGCAAAAGCGUGAUGGUGUGAAGUCCUAUAAGAUAAGUCACUUUCAUCAAAAGAAUAUUUUGUUCCGCACCACGUUAAACCACGAAGAUGGACUGUUAACCUAGAUAAUGGACUGUUCUUUUGGCAAAUUGUUUCUUUGCAUUUCCAUGGUUCUGAUCAUCUUGAAAGGUUUAAAAAUAGACAUUGUUCUUUGUAAGUGCCAAUUUAAGCUACAUCUUUUGUUACUAUUAAUUUAUUUUAGUUUCAUUCAACAAUUUACUUUUUUGUAUCUUGCAUUGAUUUAUUUAUUAUUUAUGCAUUUGUUUAUGGAAAUGUUAUUUAUUUUAACAGCACUGCUGAAAGUUUUAAAUAGACUUUGUUCAAUUGUUUUAACUUUUAAUCUAUAUUAUGAAUAUUUUCUGUUCAAUGGCACUCUUUAAAAGAAUGUUGUACUGUUAAAUGAUGCACUGAUAAAGAAUUGCACUGUUAAGAAAAGUAUAGGCAAUGACAUUUCCUUGUGAUUUUAAUAGGCCUGUAGCUCUCUACCUCAAAUCCUCAGGCUUUAAUAUCUGGG